CUAUCUCAGCUCUUUCUCACACACUACUAACUCUGGGUUGAACUCCCGUUACCGCCAACGCUGUUUUAAGGGCGUAUUUCGGUCAGAGAAGGAUUGGAUCUACCAAACCGAACUACACAAAUCACCUUCACAGAGGACAGCAGACUUGUUCACCUCACUUACUGCGACACGUGGUCCUUCCACUAUCCCACUUGUUGCGGCCCCAAGACUGAAGAUCCAGUGAUUUUGGCCUCUAUUGUGAAGAUCUACCCUUCCAUCCAUCUGUCCGUCCGUCUGUCCAGCUCUUCUCUCCAUUCCUGCUCUCCCCCUUGUCCCCCCUCAUCCGGCACAGCUCAUGACAUCAGCGCAGUCAACAUGGCAUUCUCAUCACGCUUUUCCUUCUGGGAGCAAAAGGUCAAAGAAGAGGUCAGACCACCAGGCUCCAAGAUAUCAAAUCAGGGUUCAGACAGCGACAGUGGCAGUAUGAGUAGCCGCUCCCAGUCCGUGCCCAGUCUGGAGCCUAGCAGGGGCCUACUCUGCACCAAAAGCCCUGAGCCAGCCAAGACACAUCCCGUAGUCAGGGUCAGGAGUCCCUCGCCACCCAGGGUACGCGGGGCUGUAAAGGUCCCUGAACGCUUCAAAAGUCUAGUGCCUCCGAUCCAGGCGCCAGCACAGCACUUCAGGAGCCCUGACCCACGCAGAGCUUCCAUAAUUAGCCCUGAGCCUGUGCUGAACGGAAACAGCAAGCCCAACGGAUCCGUUAACGUCAGUGCCGUCAAUGGGAACUCUGCCAAUGGAGGUGCCAGACAGCCAGACCUGGACAACGAUGAUCCGAGCCUUACCCUCAAGAAGGUAGUGAAGGUGGUGUGUCAAGUGGUGCGGAAGGCACUACCUGCAGAAGAGGAGGAUGCUCCAGCUCCUGAGCCUACUAAACAUGCCCCUGAACCUCCUAAAUUGGUACCAUCACAAGCGCCAACAUCUGUGCCCAAGGUCCCAAAGGUACCACUGUUCUCUUUCAAGCACGAUACCAUCAAGACUGAGGAGAAGGACGAUAUAUCAGCAGGGCUGGCAAGCCUCAUGGUCCGCGGGAGGACCAGGAACCGCCCUCGCACACGCAUGGAUGAGCCGCCUGAAAAAGAACAAGAGGAAGCAGUGAAAAGAGAGAAAAAAGAAGGCCCUAAAUUGGUUGAGAUUAAAUCUAUCUCUAAUGUCGGCCCAGUUUCAAAACAGGAGGAUAAGACUCCUGUGUCGGCUGUACCUGCUAAAGUUCAUCCUAUGGCUUCUAAUUUGAUCUCGGUUCCCUCCAGGUCUUCCCCCGCAGGCUUCAUCCCUGCCCCAAAGCCUUCCCCGCUCUCCCCUCCUGCAGGAUUCAUCCCACCACCAAACUCAGCCUCCCUUUCCCCACCUGCUGGGUUUGUACCAGCACCAAAAUCAUACCCCCUUUGCCUACCAAAUGGGUAUGUACCAGCACCAAAAUCAGCCACCCUUUCCCCUCCAGUAGGGUUUGUACCAGCACCAAAAUCUACUGCUGUUAGUCCUUCAGUUUCCACUGCAGCCCCCAAAUCCUCCCCAGCAAUUCCCCCAUCAUGCUUCAUCCCACCACCAAAAUGUCCCCCCCUUUCCCCUCCAGCAGGGUUUGUACCAUCACCAAAAUCCAAUGCUUUUACUCCUUCAGUUUCCACUGCAGCCCCCAAAUCCUCCCCAGCCAUUCCCACAUCAUGCUUUAUCCCACCACUAAAAUCAGCCUGCAUUUCCCCACCUGCCGGGUUAAUAUCAGCAUCAAAAUAUACCCCCCUUUCCCCACCUGCUGGUUUUAUCCCCUCUUCUAAAUACUCCCCUGUCACUCCCCCUUCAGCAUCCUUUCCCACCUCUAAGUCCUCCCCCAGUACUCCUCCUGCAGGGUUCGUCCCAGUCUCCAAGGUCUCGCCUCUCUCCCCUACUCCUCCAAAGGUCUCGCCUCUCUCCCCUCCUCCCGCCUUUAUCAUUCCCAAGGCGAGUGCCCUCUCUCCACCACCGGCGUUGAUCCCGCCCCCCAAACUGCCAACCGUGAAGAAGCUUGAGGUGGCAGCCUCUCCCCUGUCCUCUGAUCCCAUUGAGAAGGCUUCACCGCAGAACAAGUCAUCAACCGUUUCAUCAAAGACUACCCCAACCAUAACCCUAAAGGAGGCGCCGCUCAGUCCCACUGAAGAGGCUCAGAGACUCCUGGACAGGAUCUUCAGUGCGCCUGGACAGGUGGACAAGGAUCCCGUGGCCAUCCUUCAGGUGUCUCACGCCGCUGCCCAACAACCCAAGGUGAAGACAGAGGAGCAGAUAGCCGCAGAGCAGGCAUGGUACGGCUCAGAGAAGGUCUGGCUGGUCCACAAGGAUGGCUUCUCCCUGGCGACGCUGCUGAAGACGGAGGCAGGCUCUCUGCCGGAGGGGAAGGUGAAGAUCAAACUGGAACAUGACGGGACAGUACUGGACGUAGAUGACGAUGACGUGGAGAAGGCGAACCCCCCGUCGUUUGACCGCUCUGAGGACCUGGCCUUGCUGCAGUACCUCAAUGAGUCCAGUGUGAUGCACUCCCUGCGGCAGCGCUACGGGGGAAACCUCAUCCACACACACGCCGGGCCCAACAUGAUCAUCAUCAAUCCCCUCAGCGCUCCCUCCAUGUACUCCGAGAAGGUGAUGCACAUGUUUAAGGGUUGCAGGCGAGAGGACACGGCACCUCACAUCUACGCGGUGGCUCAGUCGGCCUACAGGAACCUGUUGACCACGCGUCAGGACCAGUCCAUCGUGCUGCUGGGGAAGAGCGGCAGCGGCAAGACCACCAACUGUCAACACCUGGUCCAGUACCUGGUCUCCAUCGCUGGCAGCACCGGAAAGAUCUUCUCUGGGGAGAAGUGGCAGGCAGUAUACACUAUCCUGGAAGCAUUUGGAAACAGCUCCACCUCCAUGAACACCAAUGCUAGCCGCUUCUCUCAGAUUGUCUCUCUGGACUUCGACCAGGCUGGCCAGGUGGCCUCCGCAUCCAUACAGACCAUGCUGCUUGAGAAGCUGAGAGUGACCAAACGGCCGGAGACUGAGUCCACCUUCAACGUGUUCUACUACAUGAUGUCCGGAGCUGACAGCACUCUCAGAACGGAGCUGCACUUUAACCACUUUGCAGAGAACAGCGCAUUCGGAAUUGUGCCUCAGUCUAAACUGGAGGACAAACAGAAGUCGUCUCAGCAGUUCACCAAGCUGCAGGCAGCCAUGAAGGUGCUGGGCAUCUCAGUGGAGGAGCAGAGGGCUCUGUGGCUCAUCCUGGGGACCAUCUACCACCUGGGGGCCGCAGGGGCCACCAAAGAGGCUGACGAAGCUGGCCGUAAGCAGUUUGCCCGUCAUGAGUGGGCCCAGAAGGCUGCCUACCUGCUGGGCUGCACCCUGGAGGAGCUCUCCUCGUCCAUCUUCAAGCAUCAGGUCAAGGGUGCCCUGCAGAGGUCCACCUCCUUCCGCGGGGGGCCCGACGAGGCCGGGGCAGGAGACAGCUCAGUCUCUAAGAUCACAGCCCUGGAAUGUCUGGAGGCCAUGGCUUCAGGCCUGUACUCAGAGCUCUUCACCCUCGUUAUCUCCCUCGUUAACAGAGCUCUGAAGUCCAGUCAACACUCUCUGUGCUCUCUGCUCAUCGUGGACACACCGGGUUUCCAGAACCCUCGCAUGGCCAAGCGCCAACGCGGUGCCACCUUCGAGGAGCUGUGCCACAACUACGCCCAGGAGCGCCUGCAGACCCUGUUCCACGAACGCACCUUUGUACAGGAGCUGGAAAGAUAUAAGGAGGAAAACAUAGAGCUUGCAUUAGAUGACAUAGGGUCCAGUACCUCAAUGUCGGUAGCAGCUAUAGACCAAGCAUCAACCCAAGCGCUGGUGCGUACCCUGGCGAGGACAGAUGAGGCUCGGGGUCUGCUGUGGCUGAUGGAAGAGGAGGCUGUGCAGCCAGGGGGCUCUGAGGACACUCUGCUGGAGAGACUCUUCAGCUACUACGGCCCCGACCAGGGGGACAACAAGGGACACGCCCUGCUCCUGAAGAGUGACAAGCCGCAUCACUUCCUGUUGGGCCACAGCCACGGGACAGACUGGGUGGAGUACGAUGCUCAGGGUUGGCUGAACCACGCCAAGCAGAACCCCGCCUCCCAGAAUGCUGCCACUCUGCUGCAGGACUCACAGAAGAAGAACAUCAGCAGUCUGUUCUCUAGUCGUAGUGGAGGGCCCACAGUGCUGUCUGGCUCCAUCGCAGGGCUGGAGGGGGGAUCUCAGCUGGCCCUCCGCAGAGCCACUAGCAUGAGGAAGACCUUCACCACUGGCAUGGCCGCUGUCAAGAAGAAGAGCCUCUGUAUCCAGAUCAAACUGCAAGUGGAUGCUCUGCUGGACACGGUGCGCAGGUCCAGGGUUCACUUUGUCCACUGCCUGCUGCCCAAGGCAGACACGGUGGGAGUUGGCAUGGAGCCGCGCGUGACCCAUGGAGAGAGCUGCGUCUCAGGCCUUAUGCAGCUGGAUGUGGGCCUCCUGAGGGCUCAACUCCGUGGAUCUAAGCUUAUCGACGCCUUGCGCAUCUACAGACAAGGAUACCCUGAUCACAUGGUGUUCUCCGAGUUCAGACGGCGCUUUGACGUGCUGGUGCCCCACCUGACCAAAAAGCACGGACGCCACUACAUGGUCACAGACGAGAAGAGGGCUGUGGAGGAGCUGUUGGAGUCUCUGGACUUGGAGAACAGCAGUUACCACAUGGGCCUGAGCAGGGUGUUCUUCAGAGCGGGGACCCUGGCUAAACUGGAGGAGCAGAGAGAUGUCCAGACCAGACGCAACAUCACCAUGUUCCAGGCUUCCUGCAGAGGAUACCUGGCCAGACAGGCUUUCAAGAAGAGGAAGAUCCAGGACCUGGCUAUCCGCUGUAUCCAGAAGAACAUCAAGAAGAACAAGGGAGUGAAGGGCUGGGCCUGGUGGAAGGUGUUCACCACAGUACGCCCCCUUAUAGAGGUCCAGCUCACAGAGGAGCAGAUACGUGGCAAAGACGAGGAGAUCCAGCAGCUGAAAGGGAGGCUGGAGAAGGUGGACAAGGAGAGGAACGAGCUGAGACUCAACAGUGACCGCCUGGAGAGCAGGAUCACAGAGCUGUCGUCGGAGCUGGCAGACGAGAGGAACACAGGAGAGUCGGCCUCUCAGCUGCUGGAGUCUGAGACCUCAGAGAGACUGAGACUGGAGAAAGACAUGAAGGACCUGCAGACUAAGUUUGACUCGAUGAAGAAGUCUAUGGACUCUAUGGAGAUGGAGGUGAUGGAGACCAGACUCCUCAGAGCCUCUGAGCUCAAUGGAGAGAUGGACGAUGACGACACAGGGGGAGAGUGGAGACUGAAGUAUGACAGGGCCAUCAGAGAGAUAGAGUUCACCAAGAAGAGGUUACAGCAGGAGUUUAAUGACAAGCUGGAGGUGGAGCAGCAGAACAAGCGGCAGCUGGAGAGGAGGCUAAGUGACCUCCAGGCAGACAGUGAGGAGGUGCAGCGUACGGCCCAGCAGCUGAAGAAGAAGUGUCAGAGAUUGACGGCUGAGCUACAGGACACCAAGCUACACCUGGAGGGCCAGCAGAGCCGCAACCAUGACCUGGAGAAGAAACAGAGGAAGUUUGACUCGGAGCAGAACCUGUCUCAGGAGGAGGUCCAGAGGGAGAAGAAUCUUAGAGAGAAGCUGAGCAGAGAGAAGGACAUGCUGACUGGAGAAGUGUUCAGCCUGCGACAGCAACUGGAGGGCAAAGACCUGGAGAUGUGUGCACAGAACGUGAAGUUAGAACAGCUGGAGGCGGAGCUGCUGGACCUGUCGUCCCAGGAGACCAAGGACGAGGCAUCACUGUCCAAGGUGAAGAAGACGAUGCGUGACCUGGAGGCCAAGGUCAAAGACCAGGAAGAGGAGCUGGAUGAACAGGCCGGAACUAUACAGAUGCUGGAGCAGGCUAAGCUGCGUCUGGAGAUGGAGACAGAGAGACUGCGCCAGACACACUCCAAGGAGAUUGAGAGUAAAGACGAGGAGGUGGAGGAGAUCAGACAGUCCUGCAGUAAGAAGCUGAAGCAGAUAGAAGUCCAGCUGGAGGAGGAGUUUAAUGACAAACAGAAGGUCCUACGUGAGAGGAGAGAACUGGAGACCAAGCUGCUGUCUGCCCAGGACCAGGUGAACCCCAGAGACGUGGAGACAGAGAAGAGGCUGAGGAAGGAUCUGAAGCGCACCAAGGCCCUGCUGGCUGACGCCCAGAUCAUGCUGGACCACAUGAAGAACAACGCCCCCAGCAAGAGAGAGAUCGCCCAGCUCAAAAACCAGCUGGAGGAGUCAGAGUUCACCUGUGCGGCAGCAGUGAAGGCCCGUAAGUCUAUGGAGGUGGAGAUUGAGGACUUGCAUGUGCAGAUGGACGACAUCUCCAAAGCCAAACAGGCUCUGGAAGAGCAGUUGAGCAGGCUGCUGAGGGAGAAGAAUGAUCUUCAGUCUCGUAUGGAGGAGGACCAGGAGGAAAUGAACGAGCUCAUGAAGAAGCACAAGUCAUCUGUCGUCCAGUCAACCCAGAACCUAGCCCAGAUCUCUGACCUACAAGCCCAGCUGGAGGAGGCCCUCAAGGAGAAGCAGGAUGUCCAGGAGAAGCUCUCGGCACUGCAGAGCCAGCUGGAGUUCCAGGAGACGUCUAUGGUCGAGAAGUCCCUGGUCAGCAGGCAGGAGGCCAAGAUCCGAGAGAUGGAGACCAAGAUGGAGUUUGAGAAAACACAGGUCAAACGCUUGGAGAGCCUGGUGGCCCGUCUAAAGGAGAACCUUGAGAAGCUAACAGAGGAGCGGGAUCACCGCAGCACCAGCGAGACCCGGGAGAAGGAGCAGAACAAGCGGCUCCAGAGACAGAUCAGAGAUAUCAAGGAGGAGAUGGGAGAGCUGGCCAAGAAGGAGGGAGAGGCCAGCCGCAAGAAACAUGAGCUGGAAAUGGAUAUUGAAAGCUUGGAGGCAGCCAAUCAGAGCCUGCAGGCGGACCUUAAACUAGCCUUCAAGAGGAUUGGUGACCUCCAGGCCGCCAUUGAGGACGAGAUGGAGAGUGACGGCAACGAGGACCUCAUCAGCAGUUUACAAGACAUGGUGACAAAGUAUCAGAAAAGAAGGAACAAAACUGAGGGAGACUCAUCUGACUUGGAGAUUGAAGACUGUGUGGACGGGGUCAAGUCCUGGCUGUCCAAAAACAAGGGAUCUACCAAGAACCUCUCAGAUGACGGCAGCCUCAAGAGCUCCAGAUUUGCCGUAAACGUAGACGCGAAAGAGUGGAAAGAGGGUAAGGAAUGGGAAGAGUUUAACAAAGAGGGCAAAGAGGUAGAUCAGAGCAGGCCAGUGUCUGUGAUGAGUUCCCUGAGCUACAGGAAGCGCUCCAACAUCAAUGACUCCAACGGAGGUAAAGGGGACGACAGCUCCCUCUUCAGUUCCCUCAAGAAGGAACAGGACUCCCAGGAGUCUAUCACCUCCUUCCGUAAGGCCAAGCCCAAAUGCUCCUCACCCCAGGGUGACUCCUACUCAGUCAGCUCCAGCUCCUGGAGGAAGUCCCAGACUGGGAAUGAUGAUGACCGUGGCUCAGUUAUCUCCCAGGCCUACACUGAAGCCACCAGCAGGGCUAGGAAGGGCAUGGACAGCCGCUGGGGAGACUUCGACAAAGAGUCCACCGUGUCCUCCAUGGCCCCCAGCCGGGCCUGCGUUGCCACCACGCUCUGUGGCUUGAGCCCAGAGGACGACACCAAGUCGACCAUCAGCCUGGGUAUGUCCAGUCCCCUGAGCCGCCGCAGGCCUUCCGCACACCGUACGGACGAGUCAUAUGGAAGAAGUGGUCGCUGCCCCAGCAGCCCCUCUCUUAGUCGUCGUUCUGGGGGCAGGAGCCCUGGCAGCGUAAGCCGUGCUAACUCACGCAUAUCUGACUUCCGCAGCUGCCGCCUCAGCGAGUUUGAUGACAUGGAGGACGGGCACAGCGUGGCCCUCACUGAGCGCUCCUCGGCCUACAGCCCCCACUCCUCCACGGGACGCAGCCUGUCCAUGCCCCCGCCACCCGCCCGCUCCUACAGAGAUGAUGACGAGCUCCCUGACACCUCGGACAUCAAGUCGGCCACCGUCAGCCACCGCAAUUACCUGGACCCCGACCUGGAGAAGGCCAUCAACGAGGUGCUCAACUUCAAACCCAUCAAGUUCAAACGCACCAGCCUGGAAGACUCAGAGGCCGAGGCAGGGAGGAAAGAGGACGACACAGAGGAUGACAGGAAGAGUGUGCUUAGCAUUAGGGGGAGAGGCGACAGGGAGGCGGACAGCGGGCGCAGCACCAGCAGUCUGAGACGCUCAGCGUCGGCCGUGGAUUGUAGGAGGUCCUCCAGCAGUAUGAGCAGCCGCAGCCGCAGCCACAGCCGCAGCCACAGCCGCAGCCACAGCGGAAAGAAGAGCAGAGGCAAGAAGAAGAAGAGGAGCCACAGCUCCGAGUCAGACGGCUCCGAUGAUGACCGCUGCAGCAAGAAGGGCAGCUCCAAGAACAAAGGCAAGAAGUCCAAAAAGGUGUCCAAAAAGGAGUCCUCUUCUUCAUCCUCAUCCUUGGAUUCAGAGUCUGAUUCAGAGUCUAGCUCCAGCUCUGGUGCUUCUACCAUCUCCUACAAAAGCACCAACAGCAUGAAGAGAGCCCCUGGCCACCAGGCCUCUAGCCCAGAGGGGGAGAGGGAGGCGGGGACGCCUGCUGAAGGGCAGCCCCUUCCUAACAACAAGAAGGAGGAGAAGAAUAGGAAGAAGAAAGUGGACAACCUGAUGAUGAAGUAUCUGUACAGACCGGACAGUGACUGAGGCUGGCAUCCUCCUAGCCGAAGACGUUUCUGCUCGGACAAAUCUGAGGAAGAAGAGGAGGAAGAACAAAAAGAAGGUGGUGCGUCUCGAGGGCCCUACCGCUCCAGAUAUACACGUGGCAGCUACCUGAACAACAGUGACAGUGAAGACAAGCCCUCUGAGACAACGUAGUUAACACACACACCAGCCAACACAGGCUGCAUGUUGAGAGGGCCCCAAUGGUGCAUGAUUGGACUCACUGUGCUGUUAUCACACACGUGCACACACUCACAACCACUCUGUUCUUCUAACCCUGCAACAUGGCAAUGAUACUAUGACUGUCAUUAUUAUUCUACUGUUACAAAACAGCUUGCAUUGCUAAGGUCUAGAGAAGGUGCCAUAGUACAUCAGUGUACAGUACACAACACCAAUGGUUUCUCUCACUCCACUCCACUGGGCCAACCCUGUCUUAAUGUAUUUCACCAGUCACAUGUGACUGUGUGUCUCCAUCUUGGAUCUGGCCCCUCCAGUUGAACAGCACCUCCAUUAAUAAUGUCUUUCUUGUCUCUGCUGGCUGCAUGAGGACAGCUGCUGCUUGGCUGGAGCCAUCGUCUCCUCCUUCCUAGAUGUUAUCAUGAUCAUGGUUGUAACUGAGCCAAGGAACUGUAGCUAUGUUCCCUGAUGUUUUAUCACUGCAUUGGGAGACAAGAAAGAAAAGAAAAAAGAAAAAAAGAGGGAGAAAAUAAAUACCAAAAAAGCCUUUGUUGCAACUAGGUGUGUACACUGUGUUAUUUCUUAUUUGCUCGACCUGGUAAAAAAAAGACCAGAGUUUAUUUUUGGGAGAAGUGCCGUUGAUAUAAGUAGGGUCCUCUACAGCUGGCACCCACACAGCUGUGCUUAGAUUCUGUCUGCAGUGCCACGCUGCGCCACACCGAACAAAGACGCUUUCAUCGGCUCAUCUGCUUGUUUUUUAUUACUUGUUUUUGCAGGAUAAUAAUGUUUCCUAACGGGAAGAUAACAGAACAGAGCUGCAGCACCAAACUGCUUGUGAUGAAACGUUAGUCCUUUCUCUUCUUUUUUUAAUCUUUUUGUUUUGAUGUUUGAAAUAAAAUUUGAAUUUGUUUUCAAGAGUGCUGCCAUCAAGGACAUGAUUUCCAGGAGGUUUGAGUGUAGUGUAUCCUAUGAAAUGCUUUGUCUCAUUUGAUUUCAACUUGAAUUGAACUAAGUACUUUGCAGAAAUGCUUUUGGGGGAGGGUCUUUGGCUCAGCUGUUUUUUUCUCUCUGUCAUUGUGGUUGUUGUUGUUCUUAUGCUUUUCACUUGUUUUUUCUCUCCAUUUGAUGUGCUUUGCUUUCCAAAGGGAAUGAUAUUCAACACCAUGCUUUAUGGUGGUUUGUCUUUAGUUUAUUUCUCCUUCAACACCCACAUUUGGACCCAUACCAUACUGGAUUACACAUGGUGAGGAUUAGGUCUCCUCAAUCAGCAUGUUAAAUCCACCACUCUGUAAACUGGAUAUAAUGCAUUCAAAUCUAUUUGUCAUGUAGGAUUCAUCAGUAUUCUGUCCUGAACCAAUGCUACCCUUUAUAACAGCGCAACAGUUUAACCAGGAAGAUAUUAAAGACCCACGCUUUUACGGUUGCUUGGUGUUACAAUAAACCCUUCGGCUGUCUCUUUAGUAUUUAUGAAUUAGCAUUAAUGAAUUUAGCAGGCCUGCCAACAUGUGUAUUAUCCAUCUGUACAUGGCAAGUGGGGCCGAAAGGAUUUUGUGGAUACUCUGCGUGAAGGGAUAAGUUUGGUGUGAUUGUAUUACACAUGAUCGUCUAUCACAUCCCCUUGUUCUCUAUGCCAGGGCUUCCCAAACUCGGUCCUGCCCCUCCGCCAGGUGCAUGUUUUGGUGUUUGCCCUAGCACUACAUAGCGGAUUGAGCUAAUCAAAGCUUGAUGAUGAGUUGGUGAUUUGAAUCCACUGUGUAGUGCAGGGAAACACUAAACCAGGACUGCGUGUGGGAAACCCUGCUCUAUGCAGUCAACGUGACUUUUAAAAGGAAUUUUCUGUUUUAUGAUGUCGUUAUAUGAUACUCUUAAACCUGAGUCAUCAUAAAACACCUGGGGGGAAAAUGAAAACAAAGAAAUUAGUGAACAUAACAUUGCUGACUGUACACAUUCAUAUUUAUAUAUAUAUAAAUAUAUAUAUAUAUAUAUAUAUAUAUAUAUAUAUAUAUAUAUAUAUAUAUAUAUAUAUAUAUAUAUAUAUAUAUAUAUAUAAAUAUCUGUAUUGAUUCAUACUAGCUUUCAAAAUAGUUAAUGUUUAUUUUCGUUAUUGAACAAAAUGACCACUUGUAAUAAUUUUGCAUUACAGUUUAAUAUAUUGUAAAUAAAUGAUGACUCCAGACU